AAACCGAGGUAAGUAUUACAACCACUCCCUCUAUCUUAUCAUCUCAAAUCUCUAAUUUGGAAGAUAUAGUAAAUGAGAAUGGCGAAUUUUCAGAAAUCGUAAAUAUAUUUGAUAGCUUUUCAGAUUCUAACUCUGAUGGUAAUAAAAUCUGUUCUAGGUUUUGUAAAAGAUAUAAGAAAAAAACUGGACUCGAUCCCUGGAUAAAGUCUGAAACCUCUGAAAUCUCACCAAUCGAAAAGACUGAUAACUACCUUUCACAGGAUUGUGUUAUCAAAAUUUCUAAAUUUCCAGAAGAAAAAAGUAUAAUCCAUGAAACAGUAUAUAAAUGCUUCCCUUUCUUGUCUUACACUAAUUCGAAUGCAUGGUAUCAAGAUGUGUUUAAAUAUACAGAUCCAGAAGCCAAAUGUCCGAUAUGCAAAGAAGUACAUACACGUUUAGGAAUAUGGAAUGACUGGAGCUGUCUAGAGUUUACCGGAAACUCAGGGAGGGAUACCAAACAAAAUCCACCUUUAUUAACCAGAGAUUGGCUUACGCCAAUAUGCCAUCGACAUAAAAUGGAUCCCAAGAAAUUUUCAGUUAUUACAGAGGCUGAGAAAAAAAGAUGGACCAUGGGAUGCUUCCUUGGUGAUCUGGAGAGAGAUAUAUGCUGUUAUCGUGGAGAAAUAAAAAGGAAUGAAGAUACUAGAAAAUACCAUAAAUUUUUAACAGAUCGGGAUAGAUCCAUACUUUUAGAUCAUAAAUAA